GACUGAAAACUUCGUCGGACCGGAGCCGGAAGUGUGAAGUUAUUUGAGCGGACCCUGAACGAAAACACAAUAAACCCGAGUAAAAUUAUGGAUCGUUUUUAUUUCAAGCCUGUAUAUAUUGGGUACAUAUGAAAUGUAAGACUUUGGUUCGUAUUUCUGAUACCCAGAGUAGCGGGAGAAAUGAACAUCUGGGGCAUUUUUUUAGAUUGAUUUUUGUCGGAGUUAGCCGAUGCUAACAGCAGAGCUACAAACUGUUGCUCAGAUCGAACCAGUUGGAUCCGGUUACAUCCCAUAAAGUUGCUUAUCUGCGCCAUGAAUCCGUUUGGAAGUCCGCAUGGAGGAGCUUUCCAGGCCCCCAGCAGCUCCAUGAAGUCCGGUCUGUUCCAGGGAUUCGGGCAGCAGAAUCCCAGCGGAUCCCAGGGACAAAGUUUUCUCCAACCUCCUGGCUUCGGACAGCAGUCUGCUGCGCUUCAGCCUGCAGUGCAGAGUGGUUCCAUUUUCGGACAACAAUCUGUGGUGAACCAGCCUGCCCCUCAGGGUGACUCCAUCUUUGGGCUGCCGUCUGUUGUCAGUCAGCCCGGAGGUCAGGGUGGUUACAUCUUCGGACAGCCAUCAAAUCAGCCAACAGCGCAAAGUGGUUCCAUCUUCGGACAGUCAUCUACGGUGAAUCAGCCAUCAGCUCAGAGUGGGUCCGUUUUCGGACAGCACUCUGUUGUUAAUCAGCCUUCAGGACUAAGUGGUUCCAUCUUCGGACAGACUACGGUAAAUCAGCCUUCCGCUCCAAAUGGAUCCAUUUUCGGACAGACGUCUGUUGUUAAUCAGCCCGGCAAUCAGAGUGGUUCCAUAUUCGGACAGCCACCAGCAACACAUCAGCCCGCAGCUCAGGUUGGUCCUGUUUUCGGACAGCAACCUGUUAAUCAACCUGGAGCUCAGAGUGGUUCCGUUUUCGGACAGCCAUCCACGGCCACCCAGCCUGCUACUCAGAGUGGUUCCAUUUUCGGACAGCCAUCCACGGCUACCCAGCCUGCUACUCAGAGUGGUUCCAUUUUCGGACAACUAUCCGCGGCUAAUCAGCCUGCUACUCAGAGUGGUUCUAUUUUCGGACAACUAUCCACGGCUAAUCAGCCUGCUACUCAGAGUGGUUCCAUUUUCGGACAACUAUCCGCGGCUAAUCAGUCUGCUACUCAGAGUGGUUCUAUUUUCGGACAGCCAUCCACGGCUACCCAGCCUGCUACUCAGAGUGGUUCCAUUUUCGGACAACUAUCCGCGACUAAUCAGCCUGCUACUCAGAGUGGUUCAAUUUUCGGACAGGCGCCUGCCCAGGCCCAGCCUCCCAUGAGCAAGGCUCCAGCCUUUGGGCAGCCUCCUGUGGUAACCAGCAGCUCAGCUGCGGCUUUCGGACUCAACCAGAGCUCUGUGUUUGGACAGAGCCCCUCCUUCGUCCAACCCUCUGCGUUCGGUCAGCGUUCAGCUUUGGGAAAGGCCCCUCCUGCUUUCGGGAGCCCUCCGUCGGGCUCCACCGCCUCCAACCCCUCAUUUGUGCAGCCGGCCUCCAGCUUGUUCAGCGCCCCUCAGAAUGUGAACCAGAACCGGGGGUUUGGACCUCCAGAGUUCAGCUUCAAGCCGCCCAACGAGGCCGUGUUCAAACCCAUCUUCAGCGGCAGCCCGGAGCCGCCCAGCGGCCGGGGCCCGGCCCCCUCCGGCCCCUCUGCUGGCUUCUCCCAGCCGGCCGCAACCCCCUCUGGCCCAAACCCGCCAUCAGGCUGUGACAGCGGCGGCCCUCGGUUCUCCUUCACCAACCCGGCGGCCCCGCCGGGCCCCAGCUCCACGGCGGAGCCGACCACCCCGUCCUCCUUCAGCUUCACCCCGAGCUCCCUGCAGACCCAGCCCUCGCCGUUCUCCUCGUUCAUCAGCCCCCCCGCCUUCGGCAAGCCUAAGUCCGAGUUCGGCCCUGAAGAUAAGGUGGCCCUGGAGCCCAACGUGUUCGCUCGGUUCAGCAAAGCUGCCAAGAGGAAGGACGACCCGGCCGCCAGCGGCCCCGAGAAGCCGGGCGGAGAGGACGACGCCCCCGCCCCGCUGGACGUUGACUCGCCCAGACACCCCGCCAAGAGGCCGGUGGUGAGGGCCCGGGGCAUCGCAGGGGGCCUGUUUCGCCAGGCGGUGAUCGGGAUCCGGAAGGAGCAGAGCAUCCCGGUGAGGAGAGAGGCCCCGAAGGAGCCACCGAGGCCCCCCGCCGCUCUGGGACCCCCUGCUGUGGGCCCCGCUGAGAGGCCGUCCCUGGUCCUGGAGGAGCCAGAGGAAACUCAGGGAGACGAACCGCCGGCCAAGACGCUCACAGCGCCGGCGCUGAGCAGAGACACUGCAGAGAAACCAGAAGAUUCAGGCCCGUCUGACCCUUUGACCUCAGCCUCCGAGGCGUUGACCCCUGUGGGCCGUGGGCCCCGCAGGGACAGCAUGGACAGCCUGAGCGGAGUGUCUCCCAGCGAUCUGACCACCAUCAUGGUCAGGAACGUCCCUCCAAGCCUCAACAAGAAGGACGUGAUCCAGAAGCAUUUCGCUCGUUUCGGGAAAGUGGGUAAAAUCUUCUGCCGGCCCAACAAGAACCAGGCCGUGGUCCACUUCGACGACCACGCUUCGGCUGCUAAAGCGAAGCGGAGAGGGAAGGUUCUGCACCGACACGAGCUGCUGCUGCUCUGGCAGAAGAAGAAACAAAGUCCUGGAGACAAAGGCAGCAGAGCGCCAGCAGAACCCGACCAAACCGCAGCAGAAAGUCCUAAAGCGGAGGAGCCGAAGCCGGGUUGUUCUCCUCUCAGACGGCCAACCCUGAUGCCUCCGGCGCUGGGUGGCCACGCCUCCUUCAGGCAGAGCUCUCCGUUGAGGAGGCCGUCUCCAGCCAAGCUGCUGCCGUUUGACUCGGAGCCUCAUAAGGAGAACGUCACCGAGUCCCAGGGGUCGGAGCGUCUCGUCCCGUCCUCCCUGGUCCACCUGGUCGGACAGGUCGCUGAGACCGCCGAGGACAAGUACCGUCUCCUGGAGCAGAGAGACAAAGUCCUGCGUCAAGGACGACCCAAGAGGACGGACCUGGACCUGUCCAAGGUGUUUGUGGGGACGUGUCCGGACAUGUGUCCAGAGAAGGAGAGGUACAUGAGGGAGACACGGAACCAGCUCAGCGUGUACGAGGUGGUCCAGAACACGGAGGUGGUGGAUCAUGCAGCUGCUAUAAAGGAGUACAGCCGCUCCUCGGCCGACCAGGAGGAGCCUCUUCCUCACGAGCUGCGGCCCCUCCCGGUGCUCAGCAGGACCAUGGACUACCUGGUGACCCAGAUCAUGGACCGGGGUCCGGACAGCCACAGAGACUGGUACGACUUUGUGUGGAACCGAACCCGAGGCAUUCGCAAGGACAUCACCCAGCAGCGGCUCUGCUGCCCCCACACCGUGUCGCUGAUCGAGAAAUGCACCAGGUUCCACGUUCACUGCGCCCACCACCUCUGCGAGCAGCACAUGUCGUCCUUCGACGCCAAGAUCAACAACGAGAACAUGACCAAGUGCCUGCAGAGUCUGAAGGAAAUGUACGAGGAUCUGGCGACGCAGCAGACGUUCUGCCCCCUGGAGGCCGAGUUCCGCCAGUACAGCGUCCUGCUGAAGCUCAACGACGGCGACAUCCUGCGGGAGGUGCAGCAGUUCCGCGACGAGGUCCGGAAAUCUCUGGAGGUGAAGUUUGCGGUUCAAGCCUUUGCGGCCGUCAGCAGCAACAACUUUGUUCGCUUCUUCAAGCUGGUGAAAGGAGCUUCUUACCUGUCCAGCUGCCUGCUGCACCGAUACUUCAACCAGGUCCGAUCGAAGGCCCUGAAGGCCCUGAUCACGGCUCACACCUUCGGCACGCGAUCCACCCCGUUCCCCGUCGACGACAUCGUCCGGAUGUUGAUGUUCCGCAGCGCGUCUGAAGCAGCGGACUUCGUCCAGCAGUACGGCCUCAACGUCAACGACGGGCUGGUGGAGCUGAGUCGGAACUUCCAGGAGCCGGAGCUCCCGCUGUCCCUGAAGAGGUCAGAGGUCAUCCUGUCCAAGAAGGCGCCGCUGAUCGGGGAGGUGGUGAACGGAGGUCGGGUCCCCGACCCGCCGCAGCACCGUCCCGUCUGCAGCUUCGACUCCUACAACAGAUACAGAGGAGACGGGCUGCUGGCGGAGCCCGACUACGGAUACGUUAACCCCCGAGGCGCCGGGGCCGCACAGACUGCUGACAGCGUUGUGGUUUCCUCCCCGCCGCGCGUCGAGGCUCCGCCGCCGCCGCCGGUCAUCGUUCCCGACGCUCCGGCUGAGACCGGAGAGCCGUUCCCGCCGGCGGCUCCCAUCUUCCAGCCGAUCGCUCCGCCUGAACCCACCAAACCUCCGUCACCUCCACCCAAACCCCAGCCGCUCUACAACGAGGAGGAUGUCCUGGCGGCGGCGGAGGCGCUGCUGGAGGAAGUGGUGGAGGCCGAAGUCAGAGCGCUCGCUGACGGAGGCGCCAGCUACGCCAGAGCAGCCCUUCGGGAGAGCGAGGCGCAGCUGGAGGUUGUGGUGCAGGAGGUGUUGGAGCAGAUGAUGACAGAGGUUUCAGCGUCAGAGAUCCGGCUGGAGCAGGAGCGGCUCGCUGAGGAGCGACGCAGACUGGAGGAGGCCAGGCGCCGUCAGGAGCGCCAAGCCUUCCUGGCUCAGUUCAGCUGCUCGCUCUGCUCAGAGGUCGUCCAGCAGGUCGUCGCUGAAGUCGUGAGGGAAACCGCCGCCGCCGAGAUCCAGGUGGCUGUGGAUGAGCAAGCCGAGCGUCUGGCCCGAUGCAGCGAUCAGAUCUGCAGCAGCCUGAUCGAGGAGACGUUGGCUGCAGACGUCGCUCAGCUAGCAGAGGAUGUUCUGGAGGCUCAGCUGGAACGGAUCCAUAAGUUCAUCAAAAGGUGGAGCGAUGUGGUCGCCGUCCGCCGCCAGCUGAAGCGUCAGAUGAGGAGUUUCCCUGCGGCGCCGUGCUGCGUGGAUCCUCGCUUCAAGCUGCGGGCCCUGGCCCCCAGCGCCCCCCAGAGGCCCUCCAUGGCGGACCUGGCCCGGGGCCUGGUGGACCUGGGGAACGCCGGCGUGUUGACCGUGUCCAGCACCAGGUUGCUGCGGAUGCGCCGCGGCGCCGUCCACCAGAUGAGGGUCCAGUCCUUCUACCAGCAGCUGCUGGAGGAGACGUGCUGGAAGCCGUUGGAUCUGCCGGCGCUGGCCACGGAAAACGUCCCGAACCCGACGGACCGGAUCUUCUGGAAGGUUCUGCUGCUGCUGCCCAGCGAACGGGAGGCCGGCCCGGCGGACCGGGUUCUGUCGGACUGGCUGGAGGUGAAACUCGGCGCCGACUCGGAGUCGGAGGAGCAGAGAGACGGGACGCUGAGGACGCUGCGUGUCUCCAACAGCCUGCAGGACAACGGACACAGAACUCACAAAGUCCACGUCACAGUGAAGGCGUCCAGAGGUCCGCUGACCGACGCCGGCCUGUCCGGAGCGGAGGAGCGCUGCGAGCUGCGCGGCGCCGCGGCCAUCAUGAUGCUGCUGCCCCUCCUGCAGGCGGAGCAGGCGGAGCAGGACGUCCCUCUGCUCUCCGCCCUGCUGCAGCUCAAACAGCUGCAGCAGAUCAGCAGCUGGAACUGCCCGCUGCCGCUGGUGGUCCUGGUGCCAUGGCAACGGGGCGCUGCGGACGCCGAGAGGCUGGAAGAAGCCCUGCAGCUCCAGGCUCUGAUGGAGGAAGAGUUGAUCUCAGACUUCCUGCUCGUCUUCAUCCCAGACUCCACCAGCGACCUGCAGGGAUCCCAGCAGCUGACCCGGGCCGUCCGCUGGCUGCUGGCCCGCCGCCCUCCGACCCCGCCGCUGUCCUGCCGGCCGCUGGUCCAGCUGGUCGAAGCCACGCUGAGCCAGGAGUUCUGCCCCAGAGUUUACUCCAACCGGCAGAACCGGGCCGCCGCCCGGCUGCCCUGCCAGGGCCCGGCGCCGGCGGUCCGGCUGUACAACGCCGUCCUGGCCCACGUGGCGGACAGAGUGGCGUCCCCGGAGCUGAGCUGCCUGUCAUGGCCGCCUGCCGAGUUCAGCGAGCCGGAGACCCGAGAGUUCAUCCCUCACCUGGGCUGGAACUCGCCGCUGCAGCUGGGCUGGCUGAGGACGGCGCUGCUCGGCCUGCAGCUGCCGGAGUGGGAGGAGCUUCCUGCUGCAGACUCCUGGCCCGAUCUCUGCGCCUCCAUCUUUCGUUACGCCGCUCACAUCCCAACUUCACGCCACAGUCAGCCGCUCCUCAUGUCCCGGCUGGAGAACCUUCUGGAGCGGGUCCGACUGACGCCUCCACUCAGCCGGCGCCCCAGGCCCGGACUGACCCGGGGCGGCAUCGGCCCGGGGGCGGCCUGCAGCCUGAUUCCCUGGGACGACGUCGUCCUCAUCUUCAUCGACCACAAGCUGAAGGACUGGCAGCCAACUGGACCGCCUGCUGCUCCAGACUCGCUGACGGCGGACGGAGAGGUUCUGGUUUUCUUCCCCAGCGGUUCCCUGGACGGGUUCCGGCCUCCGGCUGAGUGGGUUCUGGCCGUGGAUCGGACCCACAGGGAGACGCAGCAGGAGGAAGAGGAGGGAUGGGCCCCGGCCCCCAGCGCUCUGCGUUCGGCUCCGGCCCUGAGGCAGAAGUUGUUCCACAGCCAGGUGGAGGCCCCUGGGGCCCCUGAGGACCCCGGGGCCCCACCGCCUCUCCUGGACAUCACACACACUCCCAGCGCGGAGGAGCUGCUGGCCCACAGAGUUCUGCAGAACCUGGAGGAGGAGAAGGCCGAGAGCAGGAGGAGUCUGGAGCAGCUGCAGCGCUGGCUGGACGGCGACCCGUUGGACCACCUGGCGACCCCGCUCUUCAUCCCGUCCUCCACCCUGCUGUCCUCUCCGUCCACCAUGCGGGUUUCUGCGCCUGCCGCCGCGCAGAAACUGGAGACGGAGGAGCGAGUGGAUGGAGCGUCCCGGUCCGGGGCGUCCGGGUCCGGAGCGUCCCGGUCCGGAGCGUCCCGGUCCGCAGCGCCGCCCGUCCCUCUGGCCCGGAGGCUGCAGGCGCUGCAGCAGCAGAUCGUGGCGAGCAGAGAAGAAGAACAGACCUGCAGGCUGAAGCUCAGCGCCCUGCUGAGCAUCGUGGACGACUGAAGAUGAUGAAGAUGAUGAAGAUGGAUUUUUAUUAUCAGAAGAACUAAAAUCAGGACUUUUAUAAAUAUUUAGUUUUGUAGAGUCGGGUUCUUCUUGUCUUGGACUCCGAUGAUAAAUAAUGUGUUGAAAUCGUUUUAUUUUCAUUCUGUUCAAAUAUUAAAUAAAUAUUUUCAUGUAAAACCUUCA